UUCUAUUAAAGUUUUGACUUCGAACGGUGCCGGUAACAAUAACUUCAAAACUUUCAGUCCGACUAUCGUUGCUUAAAAUAAAAAGUAAACUAUACUUCAUUAGCUUUCUCGUUUUCUGGAUAUUUUGCGUAUUUAAACUUCGAUAAUUGUUAUUUUUAGUCGGCAAGUUCCUUUUUGUGUUCAUUCAAACGAAUGAAUUCGAACUGUGCCGAUAACCAGAACUUUCAACAGUUAAUAAAACGUCAAAGUUCCGUUUAUAUUCUUGUCAGCGUCUAAUUGUAAUUUUGCGAAGAAAAAAAUAUUCUGGACUAAAAUGGUUGAAAACUUUGGAAAAGCACUUUGUUUGGUUGCUACGCAAUUGAGGAUUCCACUCAAGGAUCACAAAAUCUUUCUUAAGGAUGUCGAUAUGGUGUCCAACUUUAUAAACAAAGCGCUCAUACAACAAAACUCAAUAUUUGCACAUAGCUUUACAAACCUCCCGGAAACAGCCACAUUUAUGGGCAAUACCUAUAUAGACGUACCUGCCAAAUUCAACUGUUACUUGAUACUGGAUUUUAAGUAUGCACAUCAGGUGGAAUUUGGUGAAGAUGGCUACGUCUAUUUGUCAGCGGACUGCCAAUCAACACAUGCGGGAUCCAGAAUACCCUCGACAUAUCUGCAACAGGUCCUUCGCGAUGAUCUCAACAAUAUACUAGGGAGUCAACCACUUGUGAAAUGCCAGGAACACACGUACAAAUUGUGUUUUCACACCACCGUCUAUCCCAUCAGCGCGCAUACCAUCGUCGCCACCCAAAUGGAUUCGGAGACCAAUGUCCGCAUUGUAUUUGAUUUCCUGCUGGCCUUCAAGAUCCCGUUGUUGAAGGUGCCACGACCUAAAAACGUGCCAGUCCCAGAGUCGAUGCCUUCUCAGGCAUUGGAAUACUGGCUGGCACUGCCAGUUAACCAUUUCGAUGUUCACUUUAAUGGACAAAAUCAUUUGGGAAGAAUGCAUAUUUGGCAGGUGGCGAACUUAGAGCAACGACAGCGCUGGCGACUCGCUCUGCGUCUCUCCUACAUGCUGAGCACCAUCAAUGACACGCUGAGCACCGUCGGGAUUCAUGGUCUCAAACACACGUGCGUCAAUCUUUGCGAGCGUUAUGGCUUGAAAAAAGCCGAUAAGCCAAUCAACUUCAAGCUGAUUGAUAUGAUGAGUACUUAUAGUUCUCUUAAGCUAACGGAAUUGUCGACUGCCCUUAAUAGUGGUAGUCUUGUGAAUUUUCAAAUGGAUCCUCAACUAUCCACAGAUUGCCUUAAAACAGAUGUUAUGAUCUCCAAGAUGCACGACGAAUGGAAAACAUCAAAUUGUGUGCCCUCAAAGGCAAAGAAACAUUCCAAGUGAAGAGGUUUUCUGAAUUAUAUUUACCGAAUAUUUUGAACUAAUCUUUUAAUUUGUUUAUUGAAUGCGCUGCUGAUUAUCCCAUCGAAGAAUGUACUAUUAAUCAAAUUAUU